CUAUCAGUCGCCGAUAAUCUGACGGAAAUACCCGAAGCGCUUAGUUCCGAAGGUUACCGAACUCAUACGUCAGAAAGCGACAGGCGUCGCUGAGGCUGCUGCCUCCGGAGAUUGCCGAAAGAGUCUCUGGGGCUGACGGAAAAGCCCGAGGCUGCCGCCAUAGAGGCCAAGGCGGACGGUAUCCUGUGCAGCGGUGCGGAAGGUUGUGGUACCUCCACCGCCCGUCUCGCGCCAGGACCAUGCUUCGCCUACCUGCUGUCCGCAGGACCUUAGCUGGGGUUGCCCAGUCCUCCAAAGUGUGUGGACGUACAACAGCAACAGAAGCCAGCAACCAAAUAGAGGUGUUUGUAGAUGGCCAUCCUGUGUUGGUGAACCCAGGAACCACAGUACUUCAGGCUUGUGAAAAGGCUGGAGUUCAGAUUCCUCGUUUUUGUUACCAUGAUCGUCUCUCUGUUGCUGGAAACUGUAGGAUGUGUCUUGUGGAAAUAGAGAAAGCUCCAAAGCCAGUUGCUGCUUGUGCCAUGCCAGUUAUGAAGGGCUGGAACAUACUGACAAAUUCUGAGAAGUCCAGGAAAGCAAGAGAGGGUGUAAUGGAGUUCCUGCUGGCAAAUCACCCAUUGGACUGUCCUAUCUGUGAUCAGGGUGGAGAAUGUGACCUACAGGAUCAAUCAAUGAUGUUUGGCAGUGAUAGGAGUAGAUUUAGAGAGGGAAAACGUGCAGUGGAGGACAAGAACAUUGGCCCGUUAGUCAAGACAAUCAUGACUCGGUGUAUCCAGUGCACUCGAUGUAUCAGGUUUGCUAGUGAGGUUGCAGGGGUAGAUGACUUGGGAACGACCGGCAGAGGAAAUGAUAUGCAAGUUGGUACUUAUGUUGAAAAGAUGUUCAUGUCUGAGUUAUCAGGAAAUAUUAUUGACAUCUGCCCAGUUGGUGCUCUUACCUCAAAGCCAUAUGCCUUUACUGCGCGUCCAUGGGAGACAAGGAAGGUAGAGUCAGUUGAUGUUCUUGAUGCACUUGGAAGCAACAUUGUAGUGAGCACAAGAACUGGAGAAGUGAUGAGAAUUUUGCCAAGGCUGCAUGAAGAUAUCAACGAGGAAUGGAUUUCUGACAAAACUAGGUUUGCUUAUGAUGGUCUGAAGCGCCAGAGGCUUACUCAGCCCAUGAUCAAAAAUGAGAAAGGACUAUUUGUUUAUGCCUCAUGGGAGGAUGUAUUAACUCGUGUUGCUGGUGUGCUACAGGCUGUUGAAGGUAAAGAAGUAGCAGCAAUUGUAGGAGGACUGGUGGACGCAGAAGCGCUAAUAGCUCUGAAAGACUUAUUGAAUAGAGUAAAUUGUGAUACGCUCUGCACUGAAGAGGUCUUCCCUACUGCUGGGGCUGGCACAGAUUUACGCUCUAACUACCUGCUUAAUACCAAGAUUGCUGGAGUGGAGGAGGCAGAUGUCCUGCUUCUGGUUGGCACCAAUCCACGCUUUGAGGCACCGCUUUUUAAUGCUAGAAUUCGAAAGAGCUGGCUUCACAAUGACUUGCAAGUGGCCCUUGUUGGGUCUCCUGUAAAUUUAACGUACACAUAUGAUCAUCUAGGAGAGUCCCCACAGAUACUCGAGGACAUUGCUUCUGGGAAACAUGCAUUCUCUAAGGUCCUUGACCAGGCCAAAAAGCCAAUGGUGGUGGUGGGUAGUGCAGCGCUGCAGCGCAGUGAUGGAGCAGCUAUUCAUGCUGCCGUUUCCACCAUUGCACAAAAUGCCAGGACUAAGAGCGGUGUUGGUUCUGAUUGGAAAGUCAUGAACAUCCUCCACAGGGUUGCAAGCCAGGUAGCUGCUUUGGAUCUGGGCUUCAAACCAGGAGUAGAGACAAUUAGGAAGAAUCCUCCCAAAGUGUUGUAUCUCUUGGGAGCAGAUUCAGGUUGUAUAACCCGCCAGGAUUUGCCAAAGGAUUGUUUUAUCAUCUAUCAAGGACAUCAUGGGGAUGUGGGUGCUCCCAUGGCUGAUGUUAUUCUCCCAGGAGCAGCAUAUACAGAGAAGGCAGCCACAUAUGUGAAUACUGAAGGUAGGGCUCAGCAGACAAGAGUAGCAGUAACACCACCUGGGAUGGCGAGGGAAGACUGGAGAAUUAUUAGAGCUGUCUCUGAGAUGGCUGGGUUGACCUUGCCUUAUGAGAACCUUGAUCAAAUACGGAAGCGUUUAGAGGAAGUAUCUCCUAAUCUGGUUCGAUACGAUGAUGUGGAAGAAGCUAACUACUUCACCCAGGCAAAUGAAUUGUCAAAGUUAGUGAAGCAACAGCUUCUUGCUGAACCACUUGUUCCACCUCAGCUCACAAUAAAAGACUUCUAUAUGACAGAUUCAAUCAGUAGAGCAUCCCAGACAAUGGCCAAGUGUGUGAAAGCUGUUGUUGAAGGUGCUCAUGCAGUAGAUGAGCCAGCCAGCUGCUAGAGACUAACCAGACGGCUCCCACCUCCAUCCAAGUAUUUGUUGCAGUUAACUGC